AUGAGUUUUAAUGCGAAUAGCUACCCCUCUUUCGACUCUCUCCCCGUCGAUGAGAAUGGUCCUCACGGGAAUGCCUGGGGACUUUGGGGUCCUGAUGAUCAACUGGGAACGCUGAAUCUGCUGAUCGACGAGGUUAUACAGAAAGCUGCAGCCGAGAAUAUUAGGACUGGGACAACGGUGUCACUCAAUUGGUCCAUGACCGCCGCCUCGAACCCAAAGUUCGCUCGCAAGCUUCUAGAUCUGCGCUUGAUCAACAAGGCACCACUAAAACACGCUCAUGAUGACGAGUGGACAUUCAACUCUCAGUGCAGUUCCCAAUGGGACGGAUUCCGUCAUUAUGCAUAUCAGAACGAGGGUUUGUACUACAUGGGCCGCACAGCCGAGGAUUUCGCAGCAUCUGACGUCCCUAAUGGCAUUCAACACGUUUCAAAGAAGGGUAUCACCGGCCGCGCAAUCCUCAUCGACUGGUACAGCUGGGCACAAACCCAAGACAUGUCCGUAGACGCCAUGUCCGCGCACGAAAUUCCUUUCUCGGAACUCCUUGCGACUCUCGCGUACCAGAAAAUCGACCCAUCAACCUUCCGACGAGGUGACAUUCUCGUUCUAAGAACAGGGUACCUAGCCCAGUAUGCCGAAAUGCCAGCGCACAAACGCGAGCAUCUGAAUGAGCUCUACAAAACUCAGAAGCCUGAUAACAUCGGGCUUAAACCGUCCGAGGAGCUACUACGGUUCCUAUGGGAUACUAAAAUUGCUGCCAUUUGUGGCGAUUCUCGCUCUUUAGAGGUUUGGCCAUGCACGGAGGAGAAAUGGCAUAUGCAUGAGUGGCUGCUUGCCGGGUGGGGGAUGCCGAUUGGGGAGCUGUUUGAUUUGGAGGAGCUGACAAGAGUUUGUCGGAAACUUGGGCGGUAUACCUUCUUCCUAUCCAGCUCACCAAUGAAUGUUCCCGGCGCCGUUGCCAGCCCCCCGAAUGCGUUGGCACUUUUCUAG